UUGUAUAAGAAAAGAAAGUUAGAAAAAAAGUUAUUGCAAUACAAUGGCGGAGAGUUCGACUAGGAAACCUGGACAAAUUGUUAAAACACCAAGAUCUAAUUUUAAAGGAAGUCUUGGACAAAUUAAAUCACACCAGCCGUACAUGGUGCAACAAGCAAUUCGAGACGAAGAAGACGGUGUUGUUGUUAAUGACGAAGUGGAUGAUGAAUACAGUCCUGAUGAUUUUGCUAGUGAUACAUAUGACGGCGACUUUGAAACUGAUUCUGACGAGGGUUUAAACGACUAUUAUAGUUCUGAAGAAGAUAAUGAGGACGAACGAUUUCAACAUAUAGAUGUUGGAAAUGGUAUAAAAGUUAAAACAUCAGAAGAACUAACGGAGCCUUUAGGACAAUAUAAAACAACUGUUUGGAGCAACGAAGAGCGAAAUAAAAACUUUAAACCACCACCACAUAACCAAAGGAAUGUAAAAUUUGUGACAGAUAUUUAUAAAUUCUCUACAACAGCAGCCACCAAAGCUGUGCAAAACAUCACCAAUGCAGACGAAAAGAAACUUGUUAAGGAGAAGCAGUGCUCAUUUGCUCUGGUUGAUAAAUACCAUGGGAAGGUUAAUUUCCAAGUUCCGGUGGAUGAAAACAUUGUCUCUAUUAAGGACAAGGACAUAAAUACUUACUGGGCAUGGGUAGAAAUUGGGAAUACUUGGAGGGCCAUACCCGCAUCUUUGAUGAAUGGAUAUGUCGAAUUUACCUGCAAUCGAAUGAAGAGUUUUGGAAUAAUUUAUGGCCCAAAGAUAAUGGAAAAUGUUGUACAGCCAUCUGGGACAACUAUUUCUACUGGUAAAGAUGGUCGACUAAUACUACAGUUUGACAAAGGGAGUGUGGAUAAAGAACAAAGUUUAAAAUAUUCGAUACAAAGACCUGACCAGGAAUAUGUUCAACGCUCAGUAAAUGCCAAAAAUUUGGUUGCAUCUGUCAGCGACAAAAUCAGAUUGAAUUAUGAAAAAUCACAAUUUAAAAAGCCAAUGCAUUUAAGUGGAACACUCAGGUAUGAUGACGACCAAGGUUCUGAUUUUGAGGAGUUUGACAUUAAGGUCGUUGGCUACCAAGAUGACAAACCUAUUAUCCUAGAAACAGUAGCAGAAAGGGUGACAGCAGGACGAUUUACCGGAAAAGUGGAAGGUUAUGAUGGGGCAGCAUUUGUUGCAAUAAAACGUGGGAAGACGGAAAAUGAAAAUUUUGCAGAAACAUUAAAAAACGAACUGGAUUUGAUUUACGGAAAUCGAAAGUUGUGCAAAGUUUUAUUAUUUUAUUACGAAAAAAAUAAUACAACUUUGUAUUUUAAAGCUGAGUGUUGUUUGGAACGAAAUUCUGAUGACAUAAUUGCUCAACACAAGGACCACAAACUUAUUUUUGAAUCUGGUGAUAUUUUACUUCCUCCACAUCAAAGGAUUCGAAUUCGGCCAACUGGUUGUUUAGGACUCAAACCUGGAAUAAAAAAUCAUCCAUUUCUUUUCUUCAUGUAUGUUACGAAAGAAAAUAACACGUUGUUUCCUGUAGAAUUAAAUAGAGGAAUGGGCAAAUCAACGAAUGCUAUUAUAGAAUUUACAGCGGAUAACCAAAGAAGAGGAGAAAUUUCAAAGGCGGACUUCAGUUUAGAUUUUUUGUCAAGUGGGAAUCAAAGACAGAGUUUAAGUCGAGCAAACUCUAUACAUUAA